CGUGGCUGAUUUAAGCAUGGCAGCCAACGGGUCCACACAAAUUACAGCACAAAAUCCAAGUAUAUCUUUACUGCAGACACUCCACCUAUCCAGUCACUCGGAGCUAGAGGUAGACUCUGAUGGGGAGAUCGAGUUCAUAUCAGAAUCAGGCGGGCAUUCUGGUGGGAGGAGAAACGGAGAGAAGAUUCCAUUAAUAAGAGGACAAUCUAGUGAAGAUGACACCAAGUUAAACCUGUUUGAAGAUCCAGAAUAUUCAUCAGUGAUAGAAUCAGCCGAGCAGGCAAUCAAUGAGGGAGUCCUACCAGAAAGAAUAUACCAAGGAUCAAGUGGAAGCUAUUUUGUUCAUAAUUCAAAUCAGGAGAAUAUUGGUGUUUUCAAGCCUAAAGAUGAAGAGCCAUACGGUCACCUUAAUCCCAAAUGGACAAAAUGGCUGCACAAGACCUGCUGUCCGUGUUGCUUUGGGCGAAGCUGCCUCGUACCUAAUCAAGGGUAUCUCUCUGAAGUAGGAGCUAGUAUUGUCGAUGAGAAGUUAGGACUUAAUGUCGUCCCCAAGACUAAAUUGGUGUAUUUGUCUUCUGACUCAUUCCAUUACCAUCUUAAAGAUCGGUGUGUUAUGAGAAUUAAAAGAGGCGUGGCCAGUUUAUGGCCUAAUCUUAACAUGAAACUACAGUGGCCAAGAAAGGUUGGAUCCCUACAGUUAUUUGUUAAUGGCUAUAAAGAUGCCAGUAUCAUAUUAGACGAAUUCAAACAGUCUCCUCCACCCCCUCACCUUCAAAGGCAACUCCAACUUCAGUUUGAGAGACUAGUAGUGUUGGAUUACAUCAUACGUAACACAGAUAGAGGCAAUGAUAACUGGCUGAUUAAAUAUGAGAAACCACUAGAAGGCAGCGAGACUGAUUCCUCUAAUAGAAAUGGCUCUGUUAAACUGGCAGCCAUUGAUAAUGGAUUGGCCUUCCCGUACAAACACCCCGACGAAUGGAGAGCUUAUCCUUUUUAUUGGGCAUGGCUACCACUGGCUAGGGAGCCAUUUUCUGAGAAUAUCAAAGAAGCUGUCCUGGAUAAACUAAAGGACUUGCAGUUUGUGCAGUCCAUGACGGAUGAGAUCAGAGCUGUUUUCUCUAAAGAUAAAGGUUUUGAUAGAGAUAUAUUUGAUAAGCAAGUUGCUGUAAUGAGAGGACAAAUUCUUAACCUAACUAAUGCUUUGGAGCAGCAUAAGUCACCUUGGCAGUUGGUCCAAAUGCCACCAAUUACAAUAGAGCGAGUGAGGAUCGGCCGAACAAAGAGAUUCAUUCAACAUGUCAGAAGUCAGCCCCCAUUCUUCCAAUGGUGCUGACAGAAUGACCUUUAUUAUUAUUAUUAUAUUAACGAUUGUGAUUUUUAUAACUUUAUUCAAAUUUAAAAUCAACUCCUCUCUCUC